AUGAUGGCACGGUCCCACCGUGAUCAAUUUUUGAUAGUCGGAGCGGCCCUGGCCCUGGGUUUGUUGCUCCUCACGUUGCGGAUUUCUCGGCGACCGACUCAUGAUGGAAUGGCAAUAUUCAAAGGAAAUCCACCACCAGUUCCAGAAUAUGAUGCACAAAGGCCCAAGCCGAAGGGACUAUACGACUCCGGUAUGAGCUACCCGCCAGCUCUCUCCUCGACCUCUAUGGGCAUACCAGCAGCCACCAGCCCCUCAACCACAUCGUCACCGCAUUGGGAUCCAGCCUGGGAUGAUAAGAAACUAUGGCCCAACUGGUCUAAGCCCUCUUCGACGCCCAUGCUGAAGAAAUUCGGCUCUCCUGGCAAAUCGCAUUUCACACGCGGAGGUCCAUAA